UCACUCGUCCCCAGAGACGCCCCAGGUCCCAGCAGCGAGCGGAGUGAGAGCCCAGAGAGGCGACCGACCCCCGAGGCUGCGCGCUUCGGACAGCACCAAAGACCGAGCGAUGAUAGCCACAGGAGGUGUCAUAACCGGCCUGGCCGCCUUGAAGAGGCAGGACUCCGCCCGAUCGCAGCAUCAUGUCAACCUCAGCCCCUCGCCUGCUGCCAGGGAGAAGAAACCGGGGCGGCGGAGGCCCCGAGCAGAUGUGGUGGUGGUUCGUGGCAAAAUCCGGCUUUAUUCCCCAUCGGGUUUUUUCCUCAUUUUAGGAGUCCUUAUAUCCAUUAUAGGCAUUGCAAUGGCCGUCCUUGGCUAUUGGCCCCAAAAAGAACAUUUUAUAGAUGCAGAGACGACACUGUCCACAAAUGAAACUCAGGUGAUUCGAAACCAAGGUGGUGUGGUGGUGCGCUUCUUUGAGCAGCACUUGCAUUCUGACAAGAUGAAAAUGCUCGGUCCUUUCACCAUGGGGAUUGGGAUCUUCAUUUUCAUUUGUGCGAAUGCCAUUCUUCAUGAAAACCGCGACAAAGAAACCAAAAUCAUCCACAUGCGGGAUAUCUAUUCCACCGUCAUAGACAUCCACACCCUGAAGGUCAAGGAGCAGAAGCACAUGAACGGCAUGUUCCCUGGUCGGGUGGGAGAGGUGGAAGUAAGACAGAAUGGGAGUCCCUGUGCCUCGAGGUUGGCCGCCAGUACCAUUCCCUCUUUCUCGGGUGUGCGGGGCAGUUUCCGAGUGGACAGCUCUGUGGAGGAGGAUGAACUGACUUUAACUGAAAGUAAGGGGUUGGGCCAUCUUAUGCCACCUUUGCUUUCGGACAGCGCGGUCUCGGUCUUCGGCCUCUAUCCGCCUCCUUCCAGAGCAACCGACGAGAAGACCAGCGCUCCUAAGAAGUGUGAAACCAAGUCCAUCGUGUCCUCGUCCAUCAGUGCUUUUACGCUGCCUGUCAUCAAGCUUAAUAACUGCGUGAUUGAUGAGCCCGGUAUAGACAACAUCACUGAGGACGCCGAGCACCUCAAAAGCAGGUCAAGGAACUUGUCAGUGGAGUCCCUGGUUGUUCCUUCACCGAACACCCCUUCGUCCUUCCAGCCAGUCAGUGAGAUGCUCCCAAGGAACAAUUCCAUUGGCGAGUCCCUGUGCAGUCAGUACAAGUCCUCCAUGACCCUCGGGCCUGGGACCAGGCAGCUCUUAUCCCCAGGGGCUGCUAGAAGGCAGUUUGGGUCCAACACAUCCUUGCAUUUACUCUCGUCGCACUCCAAAUCCUUAGACUUAGACCGGGGUCCCUCCACUCUCACUGUUGAGGCCGAGCAGCGGAAGCAUCCGAGUUGGCCGCGCUUGGAUCGCAGCAACAGCAAAGGCUAUAUGAGACUAGAGAACAAAGAAGAUCCGAUGGACAGGCUGCUCGUGCCCCAGGCUGCCAUCAAAAAAGACUUCACCAAGAAGGAGAGGCUCCUUAUGAUUUCAAGAUCACACAAUAAUUUGAGUUUUGAACAUGAUGAAUUUUUGAGUAACAACCUAAAGCGGGGAACUUCAGAAACAAGGUUUUGAUGUUUAAAAAAAGUCAUUUUACAAGGCUAUAUAUUUUAAAACUAUUUCCACUGGUGUUUCUUUGUUAGAAUAUUAUUUGUAAGCCCUUUGGAUCAAAUGAUUGGUGUAGACCUGGCUGUUUAAUUCGAUAAUGAAGACGGUUGGUUGCAUGUUGGAGUCACUUAGAGAACUGUAAUCCUCUGUUAGCCCAGACGGUUUUUGCUUCUCUUCCUUUGGAAGCAUGACCCCUUUAUUAAAUGCAAUGGCAAAACACUUGAGUCUAAAUUAAAACAUUUUUUUCUCAUUACUUUUAAAUUCUUUCAGUGAUUGCCAUCGGCAUGGAAUAAAGCAUCCAUUAUGGAAAAGGUAAGGUACCAAAGAAUGAACUAGAAGCACUAAAUUCAAAUUCAGGCAAAAAACUUAGCCUGUAUUUAUAAGUGUGAGUACAACUCCUAGACAUUUCUGAAAAACAGCUUAUGUAUAAAAUCGACUAAAUUAUUUUAAAGGAAGAAAAUCUGGUUUUCGUGCGGGCUAAUUAAAUAGCGUGGAUCACUCAUGGGUUUUGUUCAGUGUGAACUGAAAAUAUGUGCUGGUUAAUUUUUUGUGAUUUCUACCUAGAGCACUAGAUACUAUGUUUACAGCAUCAACUAUGAUUUAAUACUUUACCAUCAAGCCAAUUCCAACCUGAAUGACCCUAGUGGACAGAGUAGAACUGCCCCCAGGAUCCACAAGGCUGUGAAUUUUUAUGGAAGGAGCUGCCGCCACUUUCUCCCCACGGGUGAAGUCAGACGACUGGCCUUUUGGUUAGCAGCCACGCAAGUGUUUCGUCACUCCUUAUGCCACCCGGCCUCUCCCAGCUGCGUUUUAUUAAGAAACCAUGUUUGUGAGAGCCGUGGGCGAGAAUGUCAGAUAUUCUUAGGGAUAGAUAUCAAAAUGAUACUAGCUGUACCUGAGAUGUUCAGAAUCAAAAUUUCUUUGAAAACUGAUUAUAAAGUGAAUAAACCAAUAUAGUUUUUAGAAAUGUUACUAUGAUGAUUAUAUAUGUGAAAAAAUUUUAAUAUCUAGUUAAUGAAAAUACAUAGUAUGCUGGUCAAUGCUAACUAUUCUUGGUACAUUUUUAAUUUUAAAAGUUUUGUAUCCAUCUUCAUUAUUCAAUGCUCAUGGUCAUAUCUUUAUUUUUCUUUAAUAUUUUUAAGCUCCUGUUAUUGGGAAAAUGAUCAGCUAAUAUGGACAUUGUGUUUAAUCUUGGCAUACCUCUGGUUUGGUGGCUCACAAAAAUGUAAUCCAUGUUGAAUAACCUUGAAAUUUACUUUGUUGUUGUAAAGCCUUAGGAUAGCCCCAAAGAAGUUUUUAGGGUGUGAGCCAUUUCUAGGGUUGUGGUCAUUCGUUACUGAAGAUGAUAAAUAUCAAAAUGGAAGUUCCCCUGAGACUAUUGCCAUGCUUUCCAUUAAGGUGACAUAAUUUUAAGAAUUGUUUAAUGCAACACUCAGCAAAUGUCACAGGUUGCCCCCCGCCACCCUAAUGCCUCUGUGUCUCGGGACAUCAGUAUUAACAGCAUGAAAGAUCAGAAUGGAGAUACGUGUAUAACUUCCUCCAGUUUCACCUCGCGUUUGCAUCGUGAGCUUUUCUGGAUUGAGGCACAGGAUCACUUGUUAGAAUGUCAAGCUUGUGUAUGUAAUAGAAUGGGCUCCAUAUUUUACUAUAAGGCAUUUAAUAAACUUGGUU